GCUCUGGGAGAGAUGUAAGAAGUGCCGUGUGCAAAGACCUGAGUGCAAAAGACUACGAGACGCGAGUAUCUCCCGGUGCCAUUCGAAUUACAUUUUACCGCAGUGGUAGUCAAGUGUCUGGAAGGCAAGUCUAGCCCCAGCCGAAUCUAAGCAAGUGCUUACUCGCAUUCCAGUCAUCUAGCUACCCAACGACAAACCGACAAGGUCAGAAAAGUAAUCCCCGCCAUUAAAAAUGCCUUUUAAGCCUGUGGAAAACCCCAAGUGCCCCAAGUGCGGCAAGUCUGUGUACGCUGCUGAGGAGCGAGUCGCAGGAGGGCUGAAAUGGCACAAGAUGUGCUUCAAGUGUGGCAUGUGCAAUAAACUUCUGGACUCCACCAAUUGCUCUGAGCAUGAAGGUGAGCUGUUCUGCAAAGUGUGCCAUGCACGCAAAUAUGGCCCCAAGGGAUACGGAUUUGGUGGUGGUGCCGGUUGCCUUAGCAUGGACCAGGGAGAACAUCUCACCAAGGAAUCUGAAUCUAUCGUGAACCAUGCUGUGCAGGAGCCGAAGGCCAUCGCUCAGGCCCCCGAAGGUGAGGGUUGCCCUCGCUGUGGCGGCUUUGUGUAUGCUGCUGAACAAAUGUUGGCACGAGCCCGAGGCUGGCACAAGGGCUGCUUCCGAUGUAAUAAUUGCAAUCGCACGUUGGACUCCACGACACAUUGUGAUGGCCCAGAUAAAGAGAUAUACUGUAAAGUUUGCUACGCUAAACGAUAUGGGCCACGUGGAAUUGGGCGUGGAGGAGGGUCAAUAAUAGGGCUCACAUCAGAUGUAUUGGAUGAGAGUGAAGCGCCCAGGACAACGGUGAUUGAUACAGCUGUUAUCAAGGCCCCUGCUGGCCAGGGAUGUCCACGAUGUGGUGGUGUUGUUUAUGCUGCUGAACAAGUGCUUGCUAAGGGCAGAGAAUGGCAUCGUAAAUGUUUCAAAUGUCACGAUUGCACCAAGACCUUGGAUUCGAUUCUAGCAUGUGAUGGACCUGACCGUGAUGUCUACUGCAAGACUUGCUAUGGAAAGAAAUUUGGCCCACACGGUUAUGGUUUUGCAUGUGGUUCAGGAUUCCUGCAGACUGAUGGACUUUCGGAGGAAGAGAUCUCAAGUUUUCGGCCCUUUUACAACCCUGAUACGACAUCAAUCAAAGCUCCAGCUGGUCAGGGUUGUCCUCGAUGCGGUGGUGCCGUAUUUGCCGCUGAACAGCAGCUGGCUAAAGGAACGAUGUGGCACAAGAAAUGUUUCAACUGCGCAGACUGUCAUAGACCACUGGAUUCAGUGCUAGCAUGUGAUGGCCCAGACCGUGAAGUAUACUGCAAGGCAUGCUAUGGGAAGAAAUUUGGGCCUAAGGGCUUCGGUUAUGGUCAUGCUCCUACACUUGUGUCUACCAAUGGAGAAUCAACCAUCACUUAUCCUGACACCAAACCUACUACAGGGUUGAAAGCACCUCUAGGAAAGGGCUGUCCACGAUGUGGUUAUCCUGUAUAUGCUGCUGAACAGAUGAUCAGUAAAACUAGGAUCUGGCAUCGACGCUGCUUCAGCUGUGGAGACUGCCGUCGCUCUCUGGACUCCACCAACUUAAAUGAUGGUCCAGAUGGAGAUAUCUAUUGCCGCAGCUGCUAUGGCCGGAAAUUUGGGCCCCAUGGCGUAGGUUUUGGCAUAGGUGCUGGAACCUUAACUAUGGCUUGAACAUACUACCACUGUUCCUCAUAUCCAAUAAUAGACCCCUUGAAUGCGUGCUGUAAGUCAAGUUUUUCUUCUGUAUCUUUCAACUAUUUUAAUUUCUUACUAAAUAUUCAUAAAGAUCCAAAAGGAAACAUAAGAUAUUUAAUUUUGUAGUGUAAUGCAAUACUUGAAAUCAUAUUGGAAUAAUCUGAUCAACUUAUGUUUUUAUGGAGCAUAAAACUCAUUUGCUAUGUAUGUAAAUCUACGUAUGCGCAGUAUAUCCCAUAUAGCUUCUUCUAACGUCAUUUUUUGUCUCAAAUGUCCAUGGCUUACAUUACUAGCUAUGAAUCGCAUUAUAUUGAUCAGAAAUAUGGAACAAUUCGUAUUCUAACAAAAAUAUUAUGGAAUGCUUUUAUUAAUAUAUUACGUAAUAAUAUUGAAGUGGGCUUUCAGACAGUGCUGAGCAUUUAAUAUUUGAUUUAAGUCCAUGGAUGUGGUUGGAAAAAAUUGUAUUCAAACAUGUUGCAACAACACAGUGAUUGGACAAGUAUGAAGCGAUAAGAAGAUGAAAUGCCGGGAACGUUGCAAUCAUUGCCUGUAAUUUUUUCUUUCUAUUUAAGAGUACAAAUAUCUGUCAGUUUAGGAGAAGUUACUUUUCACAUCCUGUUGAUGUCUCUUUCUUUGCUUUCAAAACUUCUGUGUUGUGAAUGUGUACUUCUUUUUGGGGUCAAAAAGGUAUGGAAGGUAAGUGAUGUUUUAACCUUGUCUUGUCGCAUUACAGUUAUAUGUGUGUGUUGGAGCAUUCCGCAAUUUGGACUUGUCCGAUCACUGUGCAGAACAACAUAGUUCCUGAAGAUUUUUUCAGUCACAGAUAACCCUUAUAGUAACCAUACGUCGCUUGCACUCAAUAUUAUACAGCAAGCAGAUAUUUUGUAGAUUAAAAGUUGAACAUAAUGUUUGUGUGAAUGAAUAUAAUAGCACAACCAUUCAGGUUGAGUAUUCUAGUCAAUGAGACCUGAAUAUAUAGGCUGUUUCACAAAGGAUAAUCUUUAUUCUUUUCAUGCAUAUUUUAUUAAAUGUCUGACGUGAAUGUUCUUUGAAAGUAUUUUAUCAUCUAAUGCUGAGAUCAACAUGAGUUUCUGCACUGGAGAACCCUUGAAAGAUCUUAGGAAGUUUCCAUAACCAUGGCAUAAGUCUUGUAAAUGGUGUUUUCUAUGACCGGUAUGGGAAACGUCAUUCAUAAGACAUCAACAUCAGAAUGAAUUACAGAGUUAAAAUCAAGACAUAUGAUGAAUCAUGCGGGAUCAUUCUUAAGCAGUACCAUUGUUGUAAGGUGCUGCAGUGUUGUUUAAUUUAUUUGAGCAGAAAAUUUUUGUCACCUUGACCAGGGAUUGAACCUGGGUCUCAUGCCCCCCAUGCGAGGGAGUGGGAGACUAAGGUGACAUUAUUUUUUUCUUAAAUCAACAUUACAGCAGCAGGACAGUCUCAGAAAGUUUCAUUCAGUGUAAGAUCGCCGUCUUCUUUUACAGAAGAAGAAAAUAAACUAUCGCAUUGACAACAGUGAUAUAUUCAUCAUGUAUAUAAAGCUAAAAUUUGUAUCUUUAUGACCAUCCAGUUUAAGAUAUUUAUGUCAAAUAUUUUUAAAAAAGAGAGCAAUUAAAAGAAAGGUUUUCAUUUUGGGAAUACCCUGUAUAGAUAGUUACUAAUGCAAGUUCUUUGUAAAAACAAAACACUGCAAUAUGAAGUAGAUCAUACGGAAUACUAUACUAUAUGCAAAUGUUUGUCUCAGAAUUAAUUAUAUGCAAUAACAUUGUGGAUUUAAACAUACUAACAAACUAGAGAAUUCUUGCAAGUAUUGAUUGAUAUGAACAGCUGUAAAUUCUGCAUUAUAUGCAAGAAUUCAUUGUUUAAUUUUACUGUUAUUUAAUUUUUAAGGAUUUUAUUAUUGCUUCUGGUCAGCUUCUCACUUUAUUUGAAUUUGCCCUGUUUAAUUACACCAGAACACACACAUAAGCAUUAUAGCAUUUACAGUAAUAUGUAUACCAGUAACACAAUGAAGACCGGAGCCUUCCUACCACAAAUUCCAUUUUUAGUGUAGUAACGUCUUAAAAUUUGAACAGCGCUGUUCAUCUCAAGACAUGUAUGGAGGUCAAUUCUGAAAGUUUGUGACGAUGGUGCGUUGUUGAAUUAAACUGUUUUCUGGAUAUUAUCCGUCGUCCAAGACUAAAUAAAAUCAAUAAAAAACACGACGUUUCGGAGAUGAGAGUCAAUCUCUGUCUUCAGGUAUGGAGGACCUUAUACAAGGAAGUUGAAUACACUCUACACCCAGCAACUAAACUCUCAAGCUUUGGAAAUUUUACCAGAGCAAGUUUAUUUAGACGACUAAGUUAAUGACGAUAGAGUAUGUUAAUUAUUCCUCAUAAAAUGUAAACCCUUUACUACAGGAAUAAGUGGUUCAGAUUCCAAAGGAAAGUAAAUACAUUUUGCUUGCACAAAUAGAGUAUAAUUUAAAUAAAGUUGAUGCUGAAAGUUAUUACCUAUUCUUAUAUAAUUACAGUUGGAAAGUAUUGCAAAACACGGAGAGAACAUGUAUAGUAGCAGUGGUGAAGGUGUUCAUAUUAUGUCUGAAGCUUAAAUGUUUUUCACAAUAAUUGACACAAGUCUGCGAGUGCAAACAUAGUAAAAAUUUCUCUAGUAAUGCUGGCAAAAGUGGGCCAAACCAACUUGAUUGCCAUGAUGAUAAUCCAGGACUAACUUCAGAUACAACAGCUCAUGUAAGUAAUAUUAGAAGUUACCUUUAUUACGACUACCAAACACAGAACUAGGUUUGUAUAUAACUGUUCUUUUACAAUCCCAUUUGGUAUAAAUUUAUAUUAUCAUUUCAGACUUACCUGAUCUGAAAACUUUAUUUUAUAAGGUUAUAUGCUGAGUGGUGGUAAGAUAAACUUACGUUGUCUGGAAAACAAUUUAUCAACACUGGUAUAUAUAAGGUAUACAUUUUUAAGGUAGAAUUCAUCAUGCCAUAAAAGAGGCUGUAUAAAGAUACUCUCAAAUUAAAUAAUCUAUGGCAGGAUUAAAUUGUCUGAAGCGAAACCUGGACUUCACUAUGAAUAAAUACAAAAAAUAUAAAUAAAAAAAAAAUCACAUUAAAAUGAAAUGAAAAAUCACGGAUCAUGACUAAGGGAACAAAACCAAGCAAAGUGUUCACUGUUUUUCUUCUCUUAUCAUUUCUUGUCCUUUCCUUGUUUCUUCUUUAGAAAGCUUCAAACGACCAGGCCCGAAUUUUCUGGCCUGUGAAUAAUAUACACCAUGUAAGGUAAUUACUACUGAAUAAUGUAACUUACAGAAAACUGUAUAAUUUUAAUCUCUUUAAUUAGCCUUUUCUUGCUUCACUUUGCUUUGAUAAUGAUGGAGAGUGUUUAUGAUGUGCGUGAUGGUGAUUUGUGCAGUUCAGUGGCAGGUUCUUUGGAGUAAUUGCUUUUUGCAUUUGUUAUCACAUUGUUAUUACUCUUGUCUAGAUUGUACCUAAAUGUAUGAAAAGUAAUGCAAAUAAAAAAGUGGUCCAACAAAA